CCGGCCAGUAUGCGAGCGAUUGCCGCGCGAAGUGGUUGUGCGCCGAUUCUGUGUCGUCUUGGAUCGCAACUUCCCGCCUUUCCGAUAGUUAAUAUUGAAAAGUAAUUAACUUGCUUCAAAGUGUCUGUUAAAAGUGUGAAAAUGACGAAAAGUGACCACUUUUUGUGAUACAGCAACUGUGUUUCUAGUGUUUUAGUUUUGAAAGUUGUGAAGUUUGGUUUGCGUGCUGUGGAUUUUUGCUAACUGCCGGCGAUUCUUAUGUUAUACGGUGGUUCCUUGAUGCUUAUCUUGAACAGCAUUUCUAUUGGUGUAUUUUCUUGCUGGUGAUACUGAAUAUCAAAAAUGAGGCUGACAAUCUCACUUCGCUUCUUCCACUUCUUCGUGCUGCUCCUUUCUGCGACGUUGUCGAACGGCAACGACAGCGAGCUGUUGACCUCUGCAAUCGAUUUAGUCGAGUUCGACUACACCGACAACUGUGCCGACAGGGCGUCGGCAACGUGGGACGCGCUCAUUGGCAGCCCUAAGGGCUUGCAAACUAAGUUGGAGCGGGACAAAGAAUACAAGAUCUUCGUAAAGAAGAACCUUGAAGAACUUAAGACUAUCACGAAGCACUCGCUGACACAGACUGAUGAUUUGAUGAAGCGUAAAGUGCACCUUCUACUGCAGCCUGGUGAUGUUUUGUUGGACACCGACCAAUGGAUAAGACUGGUGACGUUUGCGGAUAAGGCGCAGAAUAAAAUAAGGUUUGCGACCAACUACGACUGCGGGUCGAGAACUUGCGCGUUGCGAGAGUUCCACAAUAGUUUGGCGAAGGAACAAGAUGAAGCAGUGUUGAAGAAAAUGAAACAAUCAUGGGAGAGUAACCUGCCAGACAUCAACGAAUAUGUAGAACAAAUCCUGCCUCUUCUAGGAAAUGCAUCGAAAGAUUACAAGACUGUGGAAGAAUACUGGGAUUCCUUAGUAGAAUACGAGGGUGCCAUAUUGAAAGCCCGCGAGCUUUGGGAAGGGGUGAAGCCUUUGUACGUAAAGCUACAUAAGUACGUGGCCUUGAGGUUAUUGGGCGACAAGGAGGUUGGGGGCAACUUACCGGUUCAUUUGUUAAGGUCGCUAAAUGGUGACGACUGGUCCAAUGUGAUAGACAGUUUGUUGCCCAAGCACCCAGCAGUUUACCAGAAAGUUACCGCGAAUCUUCAAAUAAAGAAUCUCGGCGGAGAAAACGCUUUCAAAGCGGCAGCUAACCUCAUCAAAGAACUGAACCUUGGUGAGAUCAAGCCAGAGAUAUGGCAGAUAUCAGUGUUCAACAGUUCCUGCCCUCCCGUCCUCGUUGACUACUGCAAACCCAACAAAAUGAAGGUGGUCACGUGUAAAGACGUCAGUAUAGGAAAUUAUUUGGAUGCGCACGAGACUGCCAUGAAGAUAGCUUUCAAGAAGAUAACUGCUUCGUACAGCAACAAUACUUUUGUCCUGAGGGAAGCACCACGUUACUCGGCAAUAUACGAAGCCAUUCCAGGGUUCUUAUCGUUGCUGGCAUUGAGCCCGCACGCUUUGGCGAGGAACGACCUGUUUAACAUCGAGCUCUUCAAUCUGAACAACAACCACCAUCGCAUGGUAUUGCAGCUAAUACUCGCCCUAAGGGACUUAGCUAAGUUAAAUUUCUACCUGGCAGCUGAUGAAUGGAGACUCAAAGUACUGACGGGGAAUACGCCUUCUUCGAAGACAGCUGCAAGUUGGAGCGAAUUUAGAAGAAAUUUCUCCCAACUUGAAACCUCGGAUAUAGAUUUGUUAGGUGACCCCUAUGUUCAAUUCAACAAACCUUUUAUUGGGAAAUUCAUGGGUCUCAUCCUAAAAUAUCAGAUAUAUCAUUCAUUCGCUGAAGAACUCGAGUCUGAUGAUUCUGAUUUGAUCAAACAUAUAGCUGAACACAGUAAUCGAUUAAGUGACGUAAUGUUCCAAGGCUUCAGUGUUAAAUGGCCUGAACUCGUCAGUGAUCUGCUAUUCAAGAAAGAAAACGGUCUGGAAUACACCGGUCUAAUUGACUACUACCGAUUGUUAGAAGAAUAUUUAGACGAUCAAUUCGAUCCUGUGUUAAACAAUAUCGAAUCAAUAGACGCUUAUUAUGAUCCUGCUGAACUUAACGUAGACGAGAAAGACCUUACGUACGAUUUCGAUGCAAAUUUUGACGAAAAUAGCGCUGUCGAAUCCGAUGAACAUAUACCAGAUCUAUCUGAAUCGCCGAAAAUCAAUAUCAUCGAUACUGGGGAUGAGGACGGGGUAGAGACAACGACUGUCAAAAUGUUAGAAUCAAAACCUAACCUGACUGAAUCUUACAACAUGUAUUGGUGGAUAGGUAUAGCAGUCGCGUUGGCUGUUGUCGUGAUACUAAUAGCAAUAAUCGCAAGGAAAAGACAUAACCACCGAAAACAACUGGAAAAGCAAAGAAGAGAGAACUCGCGUGCCUGAUUUGAAGAGUAUCGGUUCUAGUAACCGAUAUGAAAGAAACAAUUGUGUGAACUGGUGCCAAUACUGUGAAGUGAAAUACAUUCUGCAGUGUUGUUAGUUCGUUUUUACAUGUUUCGUGUAUUCUGCUUAGUUAUGAUGAAUAAUUUGCAUGUUAUUAUUUAUUUUUAAGGUUAAAUGCUGCAUUUUAACUAUACGAUAUCAUCACAGAACAGCAUUUUUAAAGUUUUAUGCGUGUUCAUUUUUUGUAUGUUCGUUUUUGAGUACAAAGUUUGUAUUUAUUACUGAGCUAGAUAGAAAAUAUGGAAUAAAUAUUUUUGUACAUAUCACGAUUUGCAAGAUAGUUUAUAAAAGAUUGUUACCAAGAGUGUCUAUUAGUUGUAAUAUUAUGUAAUAUAGAUAGAUGUAAUUUCGCCGUGCCUUACGCGUCUCAAUUUCUAAAGUAUAAGAUCCAUUAAGAGACAAAAUUUGUAAAAAGAUAAACUAUGUAAUUUUAUAAAAUUCUCUAUUUACUCGGCUGUAUUCUGUAAAACAAUUUCCAUAACAUUUUUUGUUAUCACAUUGUCUGUAAUUUCUUUCAUGUUUUAUACCUCUUACAACUUUUUUGAGACCUAUAUCGCAGUAAUCAGGUUUAGAGUAUUUUAAUUAAUGUCGUUUGUAUUUUAUGGAUAUUUGUUACAUUAUAUUUUAACGGAGCUUUACCUUUAGUAAAGCGCGGAUUAGCAAUGAUUGUGUCAGAACCGACAGCGGGGAUAAUAAAUGUUUUAAACAA